AGGAGGAGAAGAAAAGGGCCCCCAAAGCUGAGCGUUGCCAGAGAAACACCAGAGCUUGGUUCCUUAGUGGAAAAAGUGAAGGCAGAUUGCAGGAUAUCUCCCCGCCUCGGGUAUCCCAGAUUUGAUUCGCCAACAUGGGGGCAUCUUUCCCUCCGACUACAGAGGAGUAGGGUGAACGGAGACUCUCGGAUCCUAUCGUGGAACAGAAAGGCCAGGAGCACGAAGGUAACUGCAUUUUUUGUGAGAUUGUAAAUGUACCUCGGAAGUUACAAUUAAUUUAAGAAGAAUGGGAGAAAGCCAACCAGAAGCCUCAAAUCUUCCGUCAAAAGUCUGGCAUUCUGAGGUGACAGUGUCAGUGAUAGGCGAGCCACCCAGUGCUGUAGAAGAAGAAAAAGAAACGACUGAAGAAACAGACAGGGAAGUCAUCCCGGAAAUCAUAGAGCCACUCUCCAUUCUAGAUGUGCUGAGGAUCUCCACAGUUCUGGAAGAUACCACGGACCAGCUCUCUAUUCUAAACUAUAUCAUGCCAGUUCAAUAUGGAAGAAGACAAAGUGUCAGCAUGAAGAAAAACAAGAGCUUAGAAAAACCUUCAGAGGCCUCGAGAACCUCAAAAAUAUCCAGUCCAUUCUUACCUAAAGAAGAAACCAAGUUGCCAGGAAUCCAAAAAGGAAGCCAAUUUACCAAUGAGUUUAACAAAAUGCAAGAUCUUGUCUUCAAAAAACCUACAAGACAGACCAUAAUGUCCACGGAGAUAAUGAAGAAAAUUCAGACUGAUAGGCAAUUUUUCAGUGAUAUAAUUACAGAUACCAUGCAGGAGUUGGAAGAGUCAGGCACUUUCACCAGUCUCCUGAAAGCCCUGGGCAAAGAGAGGGAAAACAAAAUGCAUUUUUAUGAUAUCAUUGCCAGGGAGGAAAAAGGGAAAAAACAGAUAAGAUCUCUUCAAAAGCAGCUGCUUAAUGUCAAAAGAGAACGGCAAGCUGAAGUACAGAGUCGGAAUGAAUAUAUUGCUCACCUCAAGGACCAGUUGCAAGAGAUGAAGGCAAAAACCAACAUGGAAAAUCGCUACAUGAAGAGGAACACUGAGCUGCAGAUCUCCCAGACCCAGAAGAAAUAUAACAGAACUGAGGAGCUCUUGCUGGAAGAGAUAGGGAAGCUGAGGUUGAAAACCGAAGAAGAGAACAGGAUUCACAUGGAGAUUGAAAUGUUCCUUAGAAAGGAGCAGCAGAAACUUGAGGAAAAGCUAGAGUUCUGGAUGGAGAAAUUUGAUAAGGACACAGAAAUGAAACAGAAUGAACUAAAUGCUCUCAAAGCUGCUAAGGCCAGUGACUUAGCACACCUUCAAGAACUCGCGAAGACGAUAAGGGAGUAUGAACAGGUCAUCAUUGAAGAUCGUUUAGAAAGGGAGAAGACCAGGAAGAAGAUAGAACAGGAUGACUUGGAAUUAAAGAGCAUCCUAAAGCUCCAGGCCUGGUGGCGAGGCAUUAGGGUACGGAGGGAAAUCGGUGGGUUCAGACUGCCGAGGAAGGACAAAGAUGAUGGCCAGGAUUCUAAAGGUAAAGGCAAAGACAAGGACAAGCGGAAAGGCAAGAACAAGUGACGGAGUUCUCGUCUUUUGCCCUGGUCUUCUGGAGAUGGCGAGGAGGACUUGAAGGCAGGAAGAACAUUUUAGCAGCCCAGGUAACUUGUAUCUACAGGUUGUUUCUUAUUUGGACAUUCCCAGGUGCUGCCUGGUUCUUUCCCUUUGCCUGUUGUAUUAGUUUUCAAACCCUGAAUUAGGAGUAUACCAUCGACUUAGGGCUGCUUCGUAUUUUGAAAAACUUUUGCUGGGAAGAAGUAUUGCUAGGAGCCUUGUAAAGAUUUCUCUUGCUUUUUCUGACCAGAAAGAAGUUCAUGGGCUUAUUAGUUAUUGUGAUGUAUUAAAACUUCAGUAAUUUC